GGCCUCCGGUGGUUCUUGAAUGCAACUUGAUUACACGUUAGCAGCGUGAUCUUUGGACCCAACAUAAGCGUCAGUACUGGUUUGAAGCGCACGAACAGAAGCCGUGAUGGCCGGACCGCCUGUUAUCAUACUGGAGCAUGAAGUUGAGCGCCUGUUGCGGUAUACAGAGCUGAUCCCCCGUCUGGAGGAAGCUCUGGGGAAAUUCUCCAGACGGGACAGCGCAGAGCUCAUCCAGCCUGUGCGCUGCACAGUGCCCCUGCAGAAACACAGCGGCUUCAUGGGAUUGAUGCCUGCAUAUAUGGAGAAGGAUGGAGUCUUGUGCACAAAGUUUGUGUGUUUCUACAAGCGGGCGGAGGACUCAGCUUUGCCCGCUGUGCAAGCCACGGUGGUGCUGCUAGACCCAGAGUAUGGGAAUGUGAAGGCUGUCAUGGAGGGAGAGGUCAUCACUUGCAUGAGGACAGCUGCAGUCUCGGCAAUCUCUGCUAAGCUGCUGAUGCGUCCUGAAGCGGAGGUGCUGUCCAUCUUGGGUGCUGGCAAACAGGCCCUGAGCCAUUACAAUGUCUUCACAGAAAUGUUUUCAUUUAAAGAGGUGCGUGUUUGGAGCCAAACAGGAGAGGGAGCGGAGAGGUUUUGCCGGACUGUCAGCGGUCCGGUGACGAUAUGUACCACAGUAGAGGAGGCAGUGAAGGGAGCGGACGCCAUAGUGACAGUAACCAGAAGUACAGAACCGGUGCUCUUCGGUCAGUGGGUCAAACCAGGAGCCCACGUGGCAGCAGUGGGGGCCUGCAGACCAAACUGGCGUGAGGUGGAUGAUGUGUUGAUGAAGGAGGCGGUGGUGUAUGUCGACAGCAGAGAAGGAGCAAUGGCCGAGUCUGGUGAUGUCAUCCUCUCUGGGGCUGAGGUGUUUGCAGAACUUGGAGAUGUUAUUAACGGGACAAAACGUGCCCACAGAGAGAAGACAACUGUGUUCAAAUCCCUUGGAAUGGGAGUUGAAGAUGCAGUGUCUGCUGCCCUGGUAUUUGACCAAUGGAAACUCCAAGCCAGGCAACCAUGAAGAGGACAUGUAUUUCAAUCCUCACCUCUCUGUUUAACCUUUAUGCUGCAUAAUCUGAUGUAAUGUAAUGUCGGAAAGGACUGGAAAUAAUAUUGUUCUGUUAUGAAUUCAUUUUACUUUAUUUUGUUCACCAUAGGAAAAAAUGACAAAAGCAAAUAUAAUUCAUUUGUUUAAGCAUUUAAGCAUUUAUUCUAGCAAACCAGUCAGGCUGGUAUAGAAGUGGUUUGAACUAAAUGCUAAUGUCAACAGACUAACAUGAUCGUGGUCAUUAGGUUUAACUUUCAGCAUUUGCUUGGUCCGUUAGUAUACUAACAUUAAUCUUAACAUGCUGUUGUUUAGUUGGUAUGCUUAACAAUGUUCACGAGAUAUAAAUCACAACAGAGUAUUUUCAGGUAAUUUAGUUCAUGAGUUUAUUUGCUUUAAAAAAAAAAAAAAAAUCAGCAUAUUACUAUGUGAAAAUGAAACCACAUUUAGCAAGAAAGUAAAUCUAACUGUGCACUUCCACUGCGCCACUGAAACACUGAUAAAAGGAGUCCAGGUAUACAGCUGUUCACCAGGGCACUCAUGCAAUUUCAUCAUUCAAAUUAAAAUGCAUUUGCUGACCCAAA